CUUUACCAAUGCACCUUUUUGUUGAAAAGGGGUUAGAGUUGAUGGAAGUUUUAGAAAAGGUCGAUAAUAAGCCUAUUGAAAAUCUUCAAGAUCCACAUAAUGUCUACGUAACAGCUUAUAAUGAAGCUCAGAAAGUGUUUAGAAAUCCAUUUUAUUCUAUUAUUCCAAUUGAACACAUACCGAUUUUAAGACGGCUAGUGUAUAGUAAAGUUGAUAGAUUAAGUAAUUUAUUUGAGGAUUUUAUUAAGGAAAAACGCAAAUCUUUAGCGGCUGGACAAUCUAAUGGAGAUCUUUUGGAACAUAUGAUAAAGGCUUGUGAAGAUCCUGAUAAUCCAACUUUAUCAGAUGUUGAACUAAGAGAUGUUCAAAGGAAAGCCCGAGAAGAGGUCUUAAAAAUACUUGGUGAUGACCUAACACCAUCGGCAGAACAUCAUGCGUCAUUAAAGUAUUUGAAUAUGAUUAUUCGUGAAAAUCUUAGAUUAUACCCUCCAGUUCCAUCUUUGACGUUACGUGUAUUAACCGAAGAUUUAAAAUAUAAUAACUUUUUGAUUCCAGCUGGUACCCCUAUUGCUCUCUUUUUAUAUGGGAUACAAAAUUCGCCAAAACUUUGGGAAAAUCCCAAUGAGUUUUUGCCUGAGAG